GCAUGCGUCAGAUAUCAAUAGGUCAGUCAGUGAGAACAACAUGGCGUCUCGAUUAGAGAGAGAAACCGAUGAUCUACGGCUUAAAGCCGACAUGAUGACCGACGAUUCGCUCGAGAGCACUAGAAGAACACGCCAGAUGGCCGAACAGGCGCUCCAGGUAGGCACAGAGACGAUGGUCGCUCUCGACGAACAAGGAGAGCAGUUGGAACGCAUCGACAGGCAUCUCGACGACAUCAACGACGACCUUACGCAUGCCGAAAGGAACAUACGCGAACUUCAAAAAUGCUGCGGCUGUUGCGUGUGCCCGUGUAGCGGUGGUAUCAAGGUGGGCAGCGGCACAAGGAAAUCGAAUGGCGGACUAGAGAUGGAUGACGAGCCCAUCACCACGCAGCCACGCAGCGCGAGAGGAGGCGGCGGCGGAGGAGGGGGUGAAGGCCCCAUGAUACAGAGAGUGCUCGACGAUGCGAGAGAAGACGAAAUGGAAGAAAACCUGCAAGCGGUGUCAGGUGCUGUCGGUGUAAUGAAGAACUUGGCACUUGACAUGGGCAACGAGCUGAGUCAACAGAACAAGCGAAUCGGAGGCAUCACUACGAAAGCGGAAUCGACCGAGUACCGCACUCACGCUGCUGAUAGAGCCGUCAGGAACGAGCUGAGGAAGUAACGCGUUGAAUUAUUUUUUCUACUUGUCGUAACGUCAGUGACAGUAGAGAUAGGGUUUGAGUAUAGACAAUAGCUACAUGGUGUAUUGCUAGUGCAAUUCAUGGUACAAUACCAUAUAUUCAUAAUUGUAUUUCUACACUGCA